AUGGGUGAAUUUGCGCCCCGUGGAGGAUCACUUGAUAUUCCUUGGGUGAGGAUAACGGCAGGGGUCAAGCAUACCUGCGGCUGGAGCCAUGAUGAAGAGCCCCAAUUGAGUAUGAAUACUGCCCAGGUGGUCCUUCUCGAUCGCUGUAUCCAUCAUUCAACAGGCCAUUACAUAGCAUCACGCGCGGGCACUCCAAGCCCAGCCAGACACCAGCAUCCGAAGAAGCUCCAGAAGACCAGAAGUUGGGAUCGUGUCAUUGUGUAUAAUGCGGAUAGUGGCGACGUACGCAUCCGAAGGAAAGGAGAUGUAGAUAGAGCUUUGACAGAGCCGAAUGAUUACAAAGAAUUGAAGCUGCCAAAGGGUAAAAAUCAGGUCUCACUUUUCGUCGACCAAGAGACCGAGACCAACUUCAAAACCGAAGAAGAAAGUCGUGGGAGUGACGAUGUGUUCUUGGCAACUUUAAGCCUGGACAACCUCGGAGUCGUCAACCGGGCAUUCUUUGUCUUUGGCUUCUUAUCGACAUUAUACGUCUCUACACCCUGGCAGAAUCCAAAUCUGAAGUAUCUGAGCUAG